GCACACUGAGACAGACAUACAUACACACCAACCUCCACUACUCCCCAGAGGACACUGGAUAUGCGCUCUCAGGAAGGGCGUCCACGUAGCCUCAGGGAUGGAGACAACCACGAAAUCCUGUCAGCCUUAACAGCCAGGAAAGGAAAACCAACAAAUGGCAGCUUUAAAGGUCACAGUGAUUCAGCUGUCCAUCAAGAACAGCCCCAACCAAGGCGGGAAGGAGGUGGGGACACGACAGCCUUUGGUGAUUCUCUUGGGCUGGGGUGGCUGCACCGACAAGAACCUUGCCAAGUACAGCGCCAUCUACCACAAAAGGCAGCCCAGCCCUGAUGUGCUCCCAGCUGUGGAGUCAGCCCAGACCUCAAGUCUGUUGUUGUCCUGAUGGGCAGCAAAAGCCUGGGCCAAGUGUGCUGGGAAUUUUCUCCUUUUCUGACCAGGGCUGCAUCGUGAUCCGAUACACAGCCCCAUGGCACAUGGUCUUCUUCUCCGAGUCCCUGGGCAUCCCUUCACUUCGUGUUUUGGCCCAGAAGCUACUUGAGCUACUCUUUGAUUACGAGAUUGAGAAGGAGCCCCUGCUCUUCCAUGUCUUCAGCAAUGCUGGUGUCAUGCUGUACCGAUACGUGCUGGAGCUCCUGCAGACCCAUCGGCGCUUCUGCCACCUGCGUGUGGUGGGCACCAUCUUUGACAGCGGUCCUGGUGAUAGCAACCUGGUGGGGGCUCUGCGGGCCCUGGCAGCCAUCCUGGAGCACCGGCCUGCUGUGCUGCGCCUGCUGCUCCUGGUGGCCUUCGCCCUGGUGGCAAUCCUGUUCCAUGUCCUGCUCGCUCCACUCACUGCCCUCUUCCACACCCACUUCUAUGACAGGCUACUCGAUGCAGCCUCUCGCUGGCCUGAGCUCUACCUCUACUCGAGGGCCGACGAGGUGGUCCUGGCCAGGGAUGUGGAACGCAUGGUGGAGGCACGCCUGGCACACCGGGUCCUGGUGCGCUCUGUGGACUUUGUGUCAUCUGCACAUGUCAGCCACCUCCGCGACUACCCUGCUUACUACACAAGCCUCUGUGUCAACUUCAUGCGCAGCUGUGUCCACUGCUGAGCUCCUUCCCCACCCAACACCCACCCAACUUACCCCUACUCCAGAAAUAAAUGCCUGACACCUCCCCACAACCUA